AUUGGCUUCAUGUCAUAUUAAUUCUUCUUCCAACCCCAAAUACCUCGGUCUCGGCAAUGGAAACUCAGCCCGGCACUUCCGAGGUCAAUCAAUCCAACAGAAAGCGUGUCAUCACAGCUUGUCUGACAUGCCGCCAUCGAAAAGUAAAGUGUGAUCAUGCACAUCCAGUUUGCUCACCGUGUAAGAAAGGAAACCGUGUUUGCACUUAUACCAGUCCACAACCAAUUUCACAGUCUUCUCGACUUGCAAGUGGGAAUAGAGUGUCAAGAAGCAACCGACAAAUUGGUCAAGACGAUAUCAAGAACCGCCUCGAACGGCUGGAGCAACUUCUUGAACGUGCCCUCAACGGCCGCCCUGCCGUCCCACAACAUCCGGCUGAUACAGCUUUCAACCCGGAGCCUCCGCUUUCAAAUCAUCAGGGACCGUGUUCUUCACAGAAUCCUCAGUCGGAAACCUUAUCAACCGAUGGUUACGAUGGUGCUUUGCUCCUCGAAGGCCAAGGGGGUCAAUCACGCUGGGUAUCAUCUCUUCACUACUCUCUCCUGGCUGAUGAGAUCCGUGAUGUCAAGAUGCUCCUUGGAGGCCAGUCUGAUGAUACACCGAGAGAAAGCUUGCCGACAGUACCGUCAGAAUCCCCCUUUCCAUUUUCAGGACUUUCCACGAAUGACCUCAGAACUUGGGCGCCGCCUUCAGCAGACACAUGCUUGAUUCUACUGGAUACAUUCUACUCUAACGUUGACCCAAUGACUAGAAUAGUUCAUAAGCCUACCCUCAAACGACGACUGAUCCAGUAUAUCGAUUACACGUACGGCAUGAACGCUCCAAGCUCUGACCGCGAAGAGUGUUUGGCCGCUCACUCUGGUGAGGAUACUCACCCUUUCGAACCAUUGGCGUUGGCUGUCUUCUAUUCAGCUAUCAAUAGUCUUUCGGCUGAAGAUGCAUUGUUGCAAUUUUCCAUAGAAAAAGAGACACUCCUUUCCCAAUUUCAACAUGGCGUGCAAGUCGGUCUGGGGAGAGAGAACUUCUUGACUACGUCAAGCAUUGAAGUACUUCAAGCAUUUGUACUCCUUCUAACCUGUCAGUCGCGAGAAGACGACAUGGCAAAAACCUGGACCCUUUUAGGUCUUGCUCACAAGAUGGCGCUUUCACAAGGUCUGCAUAGAGAACCCUCGCUAUUCACGUCAACAGGCAUGGAUGUCGUCCAAGUUGAAAUUCGCCGCAGGCUAUGGCAUCAGAUAUGCCACCUCGACUAUCGCUCUGCAGAAAGCAGGGGUCAAGAGCCGACGAUAUCAGACGAGGACUUUACCACCUUUCUUCCACGAAACAUAUCGGAUGAAGCCCUCGUUGAUGGAAGCUUAGACGAGCCGUCUGCUAGGCCUGGGUUUACCGACAUGACGGUUCACUUGAUCCGUCUGUAUGGACAUCAUUGCUUUAGACGAAUUGUUCGAGGCACUUAUAAGCUUGAAAGAACGACGAAAUCACAAGAAGUCAAGAAUGAUGACAACAUUAGCCCAGUUGCCAAGCUUCGGUCCUUAUUUGAGGAAGUCAGGGGCAUGGUAGAUGAGAUGGUCAAUCACUUCCAAACACACUAUCUACAAUACUGCGGUCCACAUGUUCCAGAGCAACGAAUGGCAAUUGGUCUUGCAACGGUGGUCGAAUGGCGGUGCUGGUCUAUAUUCUGGCUGCGAACACCAAAGCAAUACCGGGAGUUGGUGAUUACCCCUGAAGUUCGACAAAUAAUACUAGAGAAAUCGGUGAACCUAAUCGAGAGCUUGAAUACUAUGCCCGGUGAUAAGGACGCCCAGCGGUUUGGAUGGCAUAUUGGCAGUCAUGCAUGUUUCCAACCUAUCAUGCAUAUUGUCUCAGAGCUUGACAUGCCCAACUUCGAUGCUCCCAACCGACAAUCACUACGAUCACGAGCCUUGGACGCACUGAAAAAGACUAUGCUCUCGAGGGGACGAGAAGCAACACCAAUGUGGAAUGCCAUGAAUCGUAUCAUCUCAAACUGCCUCGCCAAAUCUACGUCGACGACCUUCCCAGUAACGCCAUUCCCGGCUGUACGGACUGACUUGCCCAUCAACGCAACGACGCAGGGACUAGGUUCUUCUGCCACUGAACCAAGCCCAGCGCUGCUGCCAGACAUGCCAACUUUCGGAGACUUUACAUCAUCAGCCUCGUUGCCUGACCCUACAGCAUUGGGGAGCAUAGAAAUUCUGGGACCUGACAUUAUGUUUGACUGGGGAUUUUGGAACAUUGAUUCAGCAGCUCCUAGUCCGUUUUGAAUACCAACGCUCUUCUGCCUGCCUGAAACAAAUAUUGGCAACACUGAGAAUAGAUUCUGUGUAGUUUACUUGUGAUUGUAAACUUGUUCAUGGAACUUCGUGGCUAGGGAACUUCGGCAUAUACUAAAGGAGAACUUCUAUGCGAAUAUGUCAGUAAUCCAACGAGAAUCCUAGGGGUAAUUUAUGAGAAACUUAAAUACCAUGCUGUCUAAGACACCGCUAGAGGUCCUAGAUAGCCUCACGGU